AUGUCGAUAGUUAAUUUUGCAAAGAACAAGUUCUUUGAGGAUGAUGAUUACGCGUACAACUCUGUUGCUAGAGCUAGAAACGUUUUCGAUAACGUGAACCCUGAACAUUUUCCUCUGAAUAUUGAUUUGAUUCAGGCCGGUGAUAUGUAUGUCGUCAUUGCCGAUAUUCCUGGAGUUCCUAAGGAUCGUGUGAGCGUCCAGGUGAAGGAUAACAAGAUUAUGAUCGAAGGAAAGAGAAAGAAGAAGGUGGUUUCUGACGAAGAUGUUUAUCUUAUUGCUGGAAGACGCAACGGUUUCUUUAAGAAGAUGAUUGAGAUGCCCAUCGACGCGGACUCGCAGCAGAUGGUCGCUAAGAUUGAGGAUGGAAUGCUCAUCCUCACCAUUCCUCGUGUGAAGACAGUUAAUGGUGCUACUUACGUUAGCAUCCACUAG